AUGCCACAUACAUCGAGCCGACACGAGAAAGAGUGGCACAGUCCCGUCAGACGAGAAGCCGAUUCGGCAUGGGAAGAAGAACACUCGACUCGAAUCGACGACCUGCAGAGUCGUCUCGAGAAGUUGAGCAUGCCAUCUCACUCCCCACCUCGACGAGCUGCCUCCCCUGAGCCGAUUGACGACCACUACUACUCUCAAGAUUCUGAUCCAGAUCCUGUACCGCGACGACACCAGAAAGCCUCUCCAGCAGUCAGCCGUGAUCGUGACGACUACAGCAUAAGUACACGCAGAAGAAGGGACCAGAAGACACGCCACAACGAUAGCUACGAGAGCGUCGACAGCGCUCCUUCCCGCAGCAGAAGCGGCCCGCUGAAAGCAUACUCGUACAAAGACGAUCCUUACGACUCCGGCUACGGCUCACACAGCUCCUUCCGGUCUCCCGUCUACACUUCUCGUCGGCCAGGGCUGACUCAGAGCCAAAGCACAGGGUUGCGUCUUGCGAACUACGGGGCAAAAACGGAGCCCAGAGAUUACGCAUACGCACUGCCUAGGUCUCGCACCUACGACGUACCCAUGACGAGCACAUAUGGCAACUACUCCAGUCCCUUGGGCGCUUACGGAGUCGAGUUGUCGCCCUCUGGUCGAGCGAGAGUAGUCACUCGUCCAUACUAA